GUGAAGCGGGUACUGGAUUCGCUGAGUGUUUAGGCCUCUUGCAACCCAGGAAGACAUUCCAAGAUGCAGCCUUUUAUCCUUCUGCUAAUUUGGCUGCCGUUGGCGUUUGCUGAAGAUCGAGCGAAGGAAAAGUGCUUCCCGAAUAUCGGCUGCUUCAACUAUGGUUACCCUUUCCUGGAUCCGCCGCAGCGCCCGCUGAGCUGGGCGCCGCAGUCCCCCAGCCGCGUCAAUGCGCGGUUCCUGCUGCACACUCGCCACAACCCACUGAAGGAACAGGCCCAGGAGCUAUACAUUGACAAGCCCAGCAGCAUCACCAGUUCCCACUUUGACCCAAGCAAGGAGACUAAGAUGAUUUGCCACGGCUUCCUCGAAAGCGGCUUGAUAGAGUGGGAUUACUGGAUGAUUGAUAUGACAAAGGCCUUCCUCAACUACGCCGACUACAACGUAAUUCGGGUCGUCUGGGGCAGUGGGUCGAUGUUCCCUUACACCCAGGCUCUGUCCAACACCAGGAUCGUGGGUGCCGAGACCUCGCGACUUAUCGACAAACUCAGGGCACUGUACGGUGUUUCUGCGGGGUCUUUCCAUUUCAUUGGCCAUAGUCUCGGGUCUCACAUCGGUGGAUACGUCGGCGAACGACAGUCCGGCCUGGGCCGAAUCACGGGAUUGGAUCCGGCCGGACCAGGCUUCGAGAACACCCAGCCACAGGUCCGAUUGGAUCCCACCGAUGCUCUCUUCGUGGACACUAUCCACACAGACGCAAAAAGCCUCCUCGCGCUAGGCUUCGGUAUCGUCGCUCCUGUGGGGCACAUGGACUUCUACCCGAACGGCGGCAGCAGUCAACCCGGCUGUGAUCAGUCACUCUUCGAGGACUUUUUAGACGAGGGCCUCAUAGGGGGAGGUGUGAAGUUCGUGGCAUGUAAUCACAUGAGGGCUCACGAGUUCUUCACUGAAUCCAUUAGCAAGUGUCCAAUUUAUGCUUUCAGAUGUCCCAAUGAUGCGGACACGUACGACAAUUUCCUCAACGGUGAAUGCUUCAACAGUGGCGACGCAGCGGUGAUGGGAUUCCAUUCCAUCAAGCAGAAACCACCCUCUGGCGUCACGAACCAGAAGUACUUUGCGACAACAACGGAUAAGUUUCCAUUCUGCUUGGAGAACCCCUUCCAAGUUGGCCUGCACUUUGAUAAACCAUGGUAUUCCGAGACAUUCAAAGGCUGGGCCUACGUGACUCUCAUCGGCGGGAAAGGUACAACGAAGAGAACCGAGCUGAAUGAGGACAGCCUGAACUUCAAACCGGGCACAGAUAUGGGUUUUGUCUUCACUACCGACAAGGAUCCGGGCGAUCUGCGCGAACUCCAGUUCUACUGGAAACACGAUUUUGAGUUGCUCAACCCAGGCGACUGGCCAAUCUUUGACGACAUCGAGGUGUUCAUUUCAAAAAUCACCAUCAAGGGGCUCCGUUUACAGAAAAGUUACACGAUGUGCAACAAGAAACCUAAGACAGGCAUCAACUCCAAGACGGUGGCCUACUUCAAGGCCUCCUACUGCUAAAGUGGCUUACUGUGGACACAAGGGGGCGUUUUUGAAUCACUUUUAUUUCCACUACUGAUCUGGUUCCCCUGAAAUACAACUGCACUUGAAGCUACUUUUUCAAAUUAGGAAGAGACACCUUGAUUUUCUGUCCCUGUAAUGCUAACAUGGUCAGGACAAGUAUAUAAUUGAUAAACGUUUACAGUUUUUCUUUCAAAACUAUUUCAGGAACUGACAUCUGAACAUUCUUCAAACUGUAGCAGAAAUUCAUACGUCUUUAAUGCUUAUCCGAAAGGUAAUGAUCUUAUUAUCAUUUCAAAAGGGCAAAUGUGAGCCUUUUCACCCUUAUUCGUGAUUAUUUUACAUCAAGGGGUGAGGCCUCAGUACAAAACGCAGAAAUUGAGAAGCAAGGCUAAUAAAACUUAGUAUAACUAACCAGUUGUUGCACAUUAUUAUUAAAGGUCCACUCUAUCUUUCUUCCAUCUUCACAAAAAUCUUCCACCUUCAUAAUCCCCGUUAAGUGUUCAUUGGGGACACGGAAAAGACUACAUCUAGCAAAUACUGUGGCAAAGGUUUGCAUAUUCAUUACAAAUUCAACCUGUAUGGAUGAUGUGUUUGAUUUCAUAGUCGAACCUAGUGAAUGAGAUUUCCCGGAUCCCAUGGGUUUGACGAAUAAAACCAAGUAUAAUAGCA